AUUACAUUACAUGGUACCCAAACGGGCUCUUACUUUAGUCCUGGAAUCCUCCAAAUCAAAUCCGAAGUUGAGGUGUUGAGUCGUGUCUCCAUGUCUCUGCUUUUCUGCUUCACAUUCAAAAUGCACAGUUUAAUGGAGCUUCCCGUUUUCACCAGUCUCCAUUUUGUUUCUCGUGCAUCUUUGUGCCACUACCCCUCCAAGUGCGGGUUCUAUAGUCACCGUUUUGGUCGCGCGAGAUUCAGUUAUGGCAAUUCCAAGAGGUGUUUCCGAAUUUCGAUGAGUACGGACGGAGAUUGUUCCGAGGACGACUACGGAAAUAGUAGAGGAGAUCGUAGGGCGGAACCUCUUUUCGUAGACGUGAUUGCCAUUGGCAGCAGGAAGGACGCGGUGCUCGACUUCUGUGUGGACUCCCCUUUUCGGUCGUCGCAGUCGUUACGAUUUUGGAGUAUCGUUUCUAAAGAUUCAAAAAAUGUUCAAUUACAGCAACAGUUUCUUGGAGAAGAUCUUGCUCCAAGGAGUGUGGAUGCCUCAUUGUUUCUACUGUCACCUUCAAAGACUGUUAUCCUUGUGGCUAGUGCAGGAUAUGGUUCAGACGAUAUAACGGCAAUUGAUAUUCUUAAAGCAAUAGGAUCUGCAAAUGGAUUUGUUGUUGCUAUUGUUCUGAAACCCUUCAGCUUUGAAGGACAAAGGCGCAAAGAUGAGGUCAAAGUUUUGCUAGGAAAGCUUAAGGAGCAUGCUAAUUUCUGUAUUGAUAUUGUCACUGAUAUGCUACUGCAAAAGGACUUUGUCACUCUGGAUGAGGCUCUGAAGACUGCAAAUAAUGCUGUGUUGCUGGCCAUAAAUGCCAUUUCUGUUCUAAUAUCUGAGAUGCACAAAAAAGUUGUUGACGGAGUGCAUGAUAACAAGAAAGAACUCAGCUCUAUGGAAGUUGUAAAAAUUCUGGAGAGGUAUAAAGAAGCGAAAAUUGGGUUUGGAGCUGGUAACAACAUGAAAGCUUCAAUUUUACAGGCUUUGUAUGACUGCCCCUUCAUUGGUGUGGGUGUAAAGGACAUAAAUGGCAUUGUUAUUUGCAUUGUUGCAAGUUCAAGUCUAAGCAAUAAUAGUGAUGUACAAGCCUUAGCGAAUUCUUUUCGUCAAACUGCUGAAUUUGAAAGGGAAAUAAUUAUCUCAGGAGUCCAUGAGCCUAACCUGGAGCCUGGUUUGCUUGUUACAACUAUCAUUGCACUCGGAUGUGUUGAACAACAGGCUUCGCAGGAAAGUAACAUAUUGUUCAGAUUGGCCCAAUAUUUCCCUUUCGUUUUUAAUCUUUUGAGGAGACACCGUUCAGGGUCGGAUGACACUGAAGAGAGCAAUUUAUUUGAAAAGUCACGCGUUCCUAAUGUUAUAAAUUUACCUGAAUCUGGUUCUAUGAGAGGUAAAAUUGCUUUGGAGAAUGUGCCUGCAGAUUUUGAUAAGUACUCUGAAGGACCCAAGACAGUAAUGAACAGCAACUAUGAUGAUAGUUGUUGUUCAAGGGAUGAUGAUAGUUGGUAUGAUCAAGGAGAGGCUGGGAUUAAGUCCUCUAGUUUGAACAUACAUGUUUCUGAAGGAACUCCUUCCUUCCAAAGGGAGACGCUUAAUUGUUGGGACUUGGGGCCAGGAGAUCAGAUGGCACAAGAGUGGGCGAAAGAAAGGGCUGCUAGCUCAAGCGCUGUUACAGUGCACGAUAAUCUUUGCCCUUUUCAUCUUCCUGUUGGUGUAAGACCAGAAAAUGAGUUGAAAAGUGGCCUUAGUAUCUCAACUUCUAUGGAGGUUUUGGAGCCAAGAAGUGAGGAUGUAGCCGAAGAGGACUCACUCGUAAGUUCAAGUAUGUCUCCGUUGGGUUCGUUUACUGACGCAGGUUUUGAAGCUGUGAGGGAUUUUUGCAAUAAUGCAUCUAUACUGGUAAAAGGUAGACAGAACAGUGUUCCGGAGAAGCAGGGUAUACUCUCUAUUCGUGCUGCAUCUAUGCUGGAAGCUGAAAGGGAAUCACCAAAAAAGUGGAAUCCUGUUAUGGAGAUACAAUACAGAGGAGGAGUGUACAAGGGCCGAUGCCAAGGAGGUCUUCCUGAAGGAAAGGGUCGUCUAGUCCUUGGGGAUGGAAGCAUAUAUGACGGUAUGUGGCGCUAUGGUAAGAGAUCUGGUCCUGGUACAUUCUACUUCAGUAAUGGGGAUGUGUUCCAGGGAUCAUGGAGGGAUGACGUGAUGCAUGGCAAGGGUUGGUUUUAUUUUCAUACUGGUGAUCGAUGGUUUGCAAACUUCUGGAAGGGAAAUGCCAAUGGCGAAAGCCGCUUCUAUUCAAAAUCUGGCAAUGUUCUUUUCGGCCAUUUCCAGAAGGGAUGGCGACAUGGCCAAUUUCUUUGUAUCAAUGUUGAUGGCACAAGGACUCUUGAGAUCUGGGAUGAAGGUGUUCUUGUAGGUCGUGAGCAAUUGGAUAGCAAUGCCAGUGCUGGGUGAAAAUUGUAUUGAAUUUUUUUGUGUAUUAAUCUGUUUUCCUCUUUUGUUCUAUAUAUUGUUAUAGGGGCAGUAGGUUGGUUUAGAGAAGUUUAGGAACAAUGUUUUUGAAUUGCUUAUGGCGUUGGAUAUACACUUAUGUAUUUGUAAUUCUACAUGAAUGUAUAGUUUGAAAA